CCACUACAAAAGAAAGAAUGCGUGAUCUGCACCGACAACCGAUCGCUCUCCCGCUUUCCAUCUGAUCCGCCAACGGCACACUGCGCCCAUAACGCCGACGUAUGUCGGAGAUGCCUUCGGACGUGGAUCAGUACCACGUUCGCCUCCAAAGUAUGGGAUGAGAUCAACUGCCCGAUCUGCUCUGAACGCCUAAACUAUGAGGAUGUCCGCGAGUUUGCGCCUUCAAAGGUCUUCCGCAAGUACAGGAAGCUCAGUACCAAAGCUGCGCUCGAAGCUAUCCCAGGCUUUCAUUGGUGUCUCAUGAAGAGUUGCAAGUCAGGCCAAGUGAUCGAACCAGCUACUAACAAGUUCCGCUGCGUAAAGUGCAAGAAGACUCAUUGCAUUGAGCAUAACAUGCUGUGGCACAAGGGAGAGACCUGUAGGGAGUACGAGUAUAGAACGAACAAGAAGAUCAGGAAAGAGGAGGAGAAAGCAAGCAAGAAGUGGAUGAAGGAGAAAGCCAAGCACUGCCCUGGUUGCAAACGUCCUAUCGAGAAGAGCUAUGGCUGCGACCACAUGACAUGUUCGAAGUGCAGGCACGAGUUCUGCUGGGAGUGCCUGGCGCCAUAUCUCAAGAAGCGGGACGCGGGUUCGGUAACUCAUCGUGCUGAGUGUCUUCAUCAUAACCCA